CGUUCAAGUUUAGCCAUUCAUCACGGCGUUAUUUAUUUUAGGCACACAUCUCAAGAGGCUUGAGGACAGACAGAGAAGGGGCGUGACUUCCAACGGUCUUAUACCCUAGGUAGUGACAUCAUCAAUCAUGUGGUACAGCAGCUAACCAAUGAACACAGUUAGUAGUCGCAGCUACUUACAUAGACAAUGUGGUGCACAGUAAUAAUAUAAGUCAUAUACAAUAUACAUAUAUCUAUGUCAUAUUCUAACAGAUCUCAUGAAGUCCAGCACAUAUCCGACACUUAGAUAAAGCAUUGACAAAGCCGCUGUCAACAUUUAAAAAUCAAACCUCUUAUUGUCCCUUUUUCCUCAGCACGUACUGCUGUCUCAUGUACUGUAGUACAGGAGGACUAUAGCCAGUUUCAAAAUGCUCUUUGUUGAUGUGAAGCUAAAGUUUUGUUGUCACAGGAUUAACGGCCAUCCAGGGAACUAUGUCCGUAUCGCUGGAUGGAGACUGGAGGAGUGCCAUCCUAGCGGUUGUUUGACAGACCUCUUCAUCCAGAUGGCUGUUAUCAUGCUGCUCAAACAGACUCUCAACAACAUUUUUGAGUUCAUUGUGCCUUGGUUAAAGAGCUGUCUGAGAAGAAAAACAGCAAAGAAGCUGCAGAGGAAGUGUGGUCACUGUUACAGGAAGGCCUGCCGUGACGAACAGGGACGCAUUGAACCAUGUGACGUCUGCAAACUUCGCCACUGGCUGUCUAAUUAUCACCUGGCCCACACGGAUGCCUUCAGUCUGUUCAAUGAGUUCCUGGAGAUGGUGGUCCAGUUCAGUUUCACCACCAUAUUCGUGGCAGCGUUCCCCCUGGCCCCCCUGCUUGCUCUCAUCAAUAACAUUUUCGAGAUCCGUCUUGACGCCAUCAAAAUGGUCCGCCUGGAGCGCCGGCUGGUCCCUAGAAAGACCAACGACAUUGGUGUGUGGACAAAGGUGUUGGAGGUCAUCGGUGUGUUAGCAGUGAUUGCUAAUGGUUUGGUUAUUGGAGUCUCCUCAGACUUCAUUCCACGCCUUGUUUACCGUUAUCGUUAUGGCCCCUGUGCUAAUGGAAGCACUUCCACACACUGCAUGCAGGGCUACAUAAAUGACACUCUCUCCACGGCUUUUGUAAGACACCAGGCAGUUAGAACUGACUUUAUUCCAGAUCAGAUGAUCACAGGCGGCUUUAAUGUCACGCAGUGCAGCUACAGAGACUACAGGAGUGAUGAAGACUACAAUCUGACUUCUCAGUUCUGGUUGGUUUUGGCUGUGCGUUUUGCCUUCGUCAUCCUGUUUGAGCAUGUUGUGGUGGUGUGCAAGUUCAUUGCUGCCUGGUUCGUUCCCAACAACCCCAUUCAGGUGAAGAAUGAUCGGCUGCACGACAAACUGGCCCGUCUGAAAGAGGAGCUACGGUAG